AUGAACGAAAGAGAUGCGAUACAAAAGAAAACAUUUACGAAAUGGGUGAAUAAACAUUUGAAAAAGGCUGGCCGACACGUCAAUGACCUUUUCGAGGAUUUGCAAGAUGGGCACAAUUUGAUAAGCUUGUUGGAGGUUUUGUCUCAAGAAACCCUUCCAAGAGAGCGAGGCCGGCUUAGAUUUCAUAUGCUUCACAAUGUCCAGACGUGUUUAGAUUUUCUGCGAUAUAAAAAAAUCAAGUUGGUUAACAUCAGAGCAGAAGACAUAGUCGACGGAAACCCAAAAUUGACUCUGGGUCUUAUAUGGACGAUUAUUCUCCAUUUCCAGAUUUCCGACAUUAUAAUCGGACAAGAACCUAAUGUGACGGCGAAAGACGCAUUGUUAAGAUGGGCCAAGAAAUCGACUACGAAAUAUCCGGGAGUGAGAAUCAACGAUUUCACUUCCUCCUGGAGAGACGGUCUUGCCUUCAAUGCCAUCAUUCAUAGAAAUAGACCUGACCUUAUAGAUUGGCGAACGAUUAGAUCACGACAGAUUCGAGAUCGUUUAGAAAAUGCCUUCCACGUAGCCGAAAGAGAAUAUGGAGUCACUAGACUCCUCGAUGUCGAAGAUGUUGAUACGAACGAACCAGAUGAAAAAUCUUUGAUUACGUAUAUUUCAUCACUUUACGAUGUUUUCCCAGAACCACCCGUCCAUCAUCCGAUGCAAGAAAAUGAAUCUCAAUCUCGAACAACUGGCGGUUACCGCGAGAUGGCCAUUCAAAUGCAUUUAUGGAUUCGAGAAAAAUUAUCAUUGAUGCAAGAUCGUUCUUUUCCCAAUUCUUUACCCGAAAUCAAAAGAAUGGUUGCCGAAUCUAACAGAUUUAGAAAUGAAGAGAUACCAGCUAAGCAAAGGGAAAAGCAAAGAUUACACAGCGCUUUUAGAGAUCUUACCAAGCAUCAUGAUUCUUACAACGAUUUCGACUUAGAACCCGAACUUCAUAUUGAUAAUAUCGAGAAAAAUUGGACUCGACUUUUGAAAGCUCAUCAGGACAAAGAUUUGGCCAUACAAGAAGAACUCAAGAGAUUGGAAAAACUUCAAAGAUUGGCCGACAAGGUUCACCGUGAAAUGAAACAAGUUGAUACGAGAUUAGAAGAAUUGGAACAACAAAUCGAAGUAGAGUCGACUCGAUUGGAUCGAUUACAUCCCGUCGAUGCUAAAAAUAUCGUCGAACAAUUGCAAAUGAAUAUACGAAUGGUCGAAGAAAACAUUCAAUACAUACUAUCGGAUGUGCAGUACCUUAGAGAAGCAAGAUAUCCUCAAGCUCCAGAGCUUUACAAACGCGUUGAAAGAUUACGUCAAAGAUGGGAAUCACUUCAAAAUCUCUUGCAUUCUCGUAUCAUAAAUCAAAUAACGAAUUCAUCAUUCGAAGAACGAACCGUGAUACGUCAAACGAGAACCGUCCUUGAAACCAGAUUGGUCGACAGUAACCCACAUUUUCGACAACUUCAGGAUUGCAUCGAUUGGGUUAAAAAUAAAUUGGCUUCGAUUAACGAACGCGAAUACGGAUCUGAUUUGCCGAGUUGUCAAGCCGAAUUAGAUGCUGUGCAACGAGAGCAAAAACACAUUGAACAAUACCAGCAAAAAAUUCAGCAGUGUGCCAACUCAAAAAAUAAUUUCCACGGAGAAGAACAUCAAUUGUACAUUCAACAUUUGAAUAAUUUACAAAAAAUCUACGCCGAAUUGUUGGUUUUGAUAAAUAAACGCAUGACGGAUCUUGAAACGCUUCAAGAUUUUCUUCAAAGUGCCACAAACGAACUCGUUUGGCUUAACGAAAAAGAGGAAACGGAAAUAACGAGAGAUUGGAGCGAUAAAAAUUUAGAUUUGUCUUCUGUUCAUCAUUAUUACGAGUCGUUGAUGUCUGAAUUAGAAAGACGAGAAAUUCAAUUCAGCGCCGUUGUGGACAGAGGAGAAGCACUCAUCUUGCAAAGACAUCCUGCUUCCAAAUGCAUCGAAACGUACAUGACAGCACUUCAAAAUCAAUGGUCUUGGGUUCUUCAAUUGGCUUUGUGUCUCGAAACUCAUCUUAAGCAAGCUCAAGUUUAUCAGCAAUUUUAUAAAGACGUGAAGGAAGCAGAAGAUUGGAUUUCAAAGAGAGACGAAAUGCUCAAUACGAUUUAUAGCCAGUCAGACUUUAGUUUAGAUGAUGGUGAAAGGUUGUUGAAGGGAAUGCAAGAUUUGAGAGAGGAAUUAAAUCAUUACGGUGAUGUUGUUAGUCAACUCGCGGAAACGAGUAAAGAUGUCGUACCAUUGAAACAAAGAAGGCAACCAGUUACCAAACCAUUGAAAGUUCGAGCCAUCUGUGAUUAUAAACAAGGAAACAUAAAUAUCGACAAAAACGAAACUUGCGUUCUUCACGAUAAUUCCGGUCGCGUUAAAUGGCGUGUUAAAAACAUGGCAAACGUCGAAGGAGUCGUUCCUGGAGUCAUAUUAGCCAUACCACCCCCCGAUAAAGACGCCAUCGAAGCAAUCGAAAGAUUGAGACGUCAAUUUGACAGAAGCGUUGCUUUGUGGCAGAAAAAACAAUUGAGAAUGAGACAGAAUAUGAUAUUUGCAACUAUAAAAGUUGUCAAAACGUGGGAUUUGGCUCAAUUUGUCGCGAUGGGACAAGAACAGAGAAACGCAAUUAGGAGAGCAUUGAACGAUGAUGCCGAGAAGCUCAUAUCCGAGGGAGAUCCGACUGAUCCUCAAUUGCGAAGAUUAAGACGUGAAAUGGAUGAAGUGAACAGAUUAUUCGAUGAAUUUGAAAAACGAGCCCGACAAGAUGAAGAAAGCAAAAACAUGGGAAGGAUUUUCGAAACUCAAAUAUCGACCCUUCAAAUAUCUUUAGACGAAGCCGAAAAUGCUCUAAAUUCGAGAAUAUCCGCUCCUGUACCGAGAGAUCUUGACAGUUUGGAACAUAUGGUUAUACAGCACAAAGAUUUCGAACAACGUUUAUUGACUUUGAAGACUCGCGUCGACGAAGUUCAAAAAACAUUCAGAGAAAUUCCGAAAAAGACGCCGCAACAAGAAUCGAAAUUGAAAAAAUUAUUGACUCAAUGGGAUGCUUUGUGGCACAGCAGUCGAUUAUACGUCGAAAGGCUCAAAUGCAUCGAAAUCCUUUUGUCCAGUUUGGAAGAUGUUACCACAAAAGUUUCAGAAGUUGAACACAAAUUGGCGAGUUUUACUCACAUGCCAAGCGAAAUAAAACCUUUGCAAAAAGUAAUUUGCCAAUUAUUAGUUUUACAAUCUAAAGCCACGGCACAACAACACGUAAUGAAUCAAUUGAGUGACGAUGCACACAACGCGAGAAGAAUCGUAGAAGAAUCUAGAAAACAUCGAGGGCCCUACGAUGAUCUUAACCGUUUGGAUUCCGACAUAACGAGAUUAAAUAACAGAUGGUCGACUCUUGUCAAUCAAUUGAGCGACAGAUUGAGAAGUUGCGAAACGGCUUACGGAAUGUUACAAAAAUUCACGAAUGCUUACGAUACCGAAGUGAAUUUCGUUGAAGAUUCUUAUCAAAAAUUAAACGCUCCGCAAGACCUCGAGACGACAAAGAUAUAUGAUCACGGGGUCGACAAAUACGUGGAUUGGUUGUUGGCGGACGUUCAUCCAUCUUUGGACGCGACCGUCAAAUUGUCUAAAACGGAUUCCAGCGGUGGUGAUAUCGUAGCGAGUCGUCUGGAUGAUUUGAACAAAAAAUUCCUCCAGUUAUCGUCCGACAUUCGCGGAUUGUUAAAAGAUUAUUCGGCGAGAAAUCCACAAGAUAAACGAAUCGUUGUAAUUUUUUUUUUUGUAAAAUGUCCAGCGUGUGGGUGUCAAAAUGUUCUUUCCCUCAAAAGGAUUUGUACAAAAUCGGUAACGUAUGUCGAUUCGCCGUCGGCCGAACAAUUUUUUAAAUCCAAAAUGGAUUUAACGGAAAAUAAAUCGUUUAAAAGAAUAAAAACGGUCGGAGAAGGUAUCGAAAGGGAUUCGGUGAUCGACAUAUUGGGAAUCGUUCAUCCGGAAACGAAUGAAUUGCUAACCGUGGGAGAAGCCAUUUCCCUUCGAAUUUUAGACGUUCGAACGGGAAUGUUUAACGCGAUUGUAAAUAAUAAAAUAACACCGAUUUCAAUAGAAUCCGCUGUCAAGUACGGGUUGAUUGACGGAAAACUCGCGGAAAAACUUUUAGGUCCGUGCGGCGUGUUCGAAAACGACAGAGAGAUUUCACUUUUGGAAGCUAUACAGCAGAACAUAUCCGAUGCGGAAUCCGGUAGCAGUCUGGAAUAUUUAAUGAAGGUAAGAGGAACGCCGGUUGAAAUCGAUAAAAAAGAUCCGAUUUUGUAUCAAAAAUUUUAUUUUUCGAAAUUUGGUAACAAUUCUCCCAAUGAUAUGACCAUUCAAAACGCUAUAGAAAAAAAUAAAUUAAAUCCCAAAACGGGAUUGAUGACGUUGGAAAAUGGGGAAAAAAUCCCCGUUUUGGAUGCUUUUAAAAGUGGAAUUUUAUCUAGUCAAUUUUCUCGCGGCAAAGAAAAAGGUUUGAGUUUGAUGGAUGCUCUCGAACACGGAUUAAUCGAUGGAAAAGGUUUGAUUUACGAUCGUCAAAAUGGCGGCAAAUUGGAUUUGGACGAGGGUAUUAAAAAGGGUUUGAUUAAUCCGAAUUUUCGUGAAAUCGUCGACUCGGGAAAAGACAAUAAAAUAACCGUUAAAGAAGCAAUUAAUAAUAAAAUUAUUAAUCCGAAAAACGGUAAUUAUUAUCACGUGGCAUCCGCGGAAUUGUUGCCUUUUCACGAGGCUCAUCGUCGGAGGUUGAUCAUAAAGCCGAUGACCUUGAAAGAAGCCGUCGAAACCGGCGUGUAUUUGGAAGGUGAUCACCUUUUGAGUCCGACUCAUAACGAUAAAAUUAAUUUGCUCGAAUCCAUCGGACGUGGAGUCUUGGAUGAAAAUCGAAUCAAAUGCGUAACGGAUGUGAAAAACGACGAGUUAAUAACGUUGGGCGAAGCAAUAGGUUCGGGUAUAAUUCUAGUCGAUGGAAAAUACGUUGAUAAUUCAACGGGAGAAAUAAUGACCAUUCCGGAAGCAGUUAGAAAAGGUUUGAUCACUUCCGUGACAAUCAGAAGCAUUUUCGACAUUGACGCAUUCGAGAAUAAUAAUGAAUUUGUCGGUUUGAACACCGCACUCGAUCGUAAGAUUAUCACUCUUCGAGGUGAUGAAAUUUAUUUCAAACACGAUAAUAAUUUUGUCACGCUCGAAGAAGGACGAGCGAAAGGAAUUAUAAGAGCAGAAGUUUUAGAAAUGUUGAACAAAAACAUUGGAAUAAAAGAUGAAAAUGGGAAGGAAUUAACAGUUAUCGAAGCUGUUUUGAAAGGAUACAUAGAUCCGAAGAGAGGAAUGAUUGCCAAUCCGAAAACGCAAAAAUUAAUUCCUACAAACAACGCCAUCGCAAAGGGGAUCAUAACAGAAGAAGGAGCUGCUUUAUUCAACAGUUUAUUGGUCGUGUCUUUGACGACGCAAACGAUAACCAAGACGAUAAUAACAUCCGCAGGAAAACUUCAACACGUGGGUUCUGUCAAUUUCGAAAGUUCAGACAGAGGUUCUAACGUGUCUCCAGCAAAAAUGGAAUUCCAAGUGACGCCAAAAAAAUAUGCUCACGAAGAAUUGAAACGUUUUCCCGUGGAAGUUCAUCAUCCGUCGAAGAGAUUGAAAAGCUCUCCCGAUUCUACGGAUUUCAUCGUUUCCGAAAAGAUCAACUUGCGAAAAGAGUAUGUCGAUGAUCAACCUGGUGACGUAACCGUUCAUUCGAGUAUUCACAUAACGAAAGGUCCCGAAAAGAAACGUGUUAAAAAAUUAAUAGAAACAAUCUCUUCGGAAACCAUACAGAAAACGGAAACGAUAACGGAAAAAAUCAUUGAAACCCAUUACAGUUCAAGUGAGAGAAAAAUCAAAUCCAAAUCUCAACCCGAUGUGCUCAAAUUGGAAACCGUAAACGUUGAAAUGCUCGAACCUCCUGAAAGACCAGUGAGAACCAAAAAUUCAAUCAAAAAACCCGAAACUGACGAAGUUGUCAUGAAAAUCCAUCCGGAACAAAUAACCGUGCCGACGGGAAAACACGAAGAUCAAAGUCUGGAAACUCCCGAAAAAAAAGAAAAUUUUCAUUCCGUUUCAACUGUUGUAAUUACCGAGGGUACUCCCUCCCGUUCCGCGUUAAAACUUGAUCCCCAGUCCCAGUUUCAGAGCAUAAGCUCAUUAACGAUAAAGGAAUCAGUUUCCCCGAUUAAGGAAGAUGUCAGUCCGGAAAGGCCCGCACGUAAAAAAAGUAAAAGUCCACCCGUGAAAUCUGUGCCUAAAAGCGAAAAAUCUAAGUCGAAGAAACCGGAAAUUUUAGACACGUUUAAAAAGGACGAUCCGAAGAAUGAAACUCGUGAUACAACCGAUAUGGAAUCACUUCAAGGAAUUCCUGAAAAAAAGGUGCCUGAACGCAAGGACGUUACAACAACAAAUAAAAUCGUCAUUGAUAAUUCAGAUCAGAUAAAAGAACCCGGAAGAAGCAAAGACGAUAAAAGCCCUGAGAAAACAAUAAAAGCUUUUAUUACUGGUAAAAAUGAUGUCACAGACAAAACCGAACCGGAAGUAAAAGUGCCGGUAAUCACGCCGACAAAACCUACGAAUGAAAGUCCAUCGAAAACCGUUAAGAGCGUUAAUUUAAAAAUUGAUUCUUUCGAAGAAUCAACAAACGUGAAAGAACUUCCAUCAAAAUCGGACGAUGUGCCCAAAGAAUUUAAAGAUAAACCAAUGCAAGUCAUAAAGGAUGAUAAAGACGCGUCAAAUUAUUUCAUUGCUCAUGAAAAAGAAAUUAUGAAACCGGAAGUGAUAAAAUUUGACCUCUCCCGUGACGAAAAAAUUAGUCCAAAUGUUGUUGAUGAUGGAGGUCGUAUUCCUAGUCAAUUAGUUCCCGACGAAAAAUUUAUGACGGCCAUACAAAACGAAAUAUUGGAACUUCCCGAAGAAGGUUGGUAUUUGUCGGAAGUCAUAAAUGAAAAAAUUUUCGAUUCCGAAUCUGGAUUGUUCAUCAUUCCAAAAACGGACAGGUUGGUGUCAUUCGAAGAGUGCAUCAAACUCGGGAUAAUCAAUCCAGAAUCCGUACUAGUCGUAAACAAUGUCAAUUCGACGUUGAUUCCAGUCGACCGAGCAUUAGAAAAGCAAAUAAUUGAUUCGACGGGUCAUUAUUAUUUCGAUCGCGAAGGAAAAGAGGAAAAAGCGGGGGCGGCGGUGAUCACGAUGAAAGAAGCCAUCGAACGUGAGUUGAUUAUCCCGAAGGAACGAGAUUACGAAAUUGAAAAAAACACUCGUAAAAAAUUUACCAUAACGAAAUAUUUUGAUUAUCCGUCUCUUGAAAGUUAUCAGUCUUUUUCGGACGCGAAUGAAAAUGAAAAUUUAAAAAAGAAAAUGAAUGAAGUUGUUUUGUCGGAUGAAGAAAUUGAAAAUGUUAUUAGCGAGACGGGAUUGCUCAACGAUCAAAUCGAUACGGAUUUGAUAAAGGUAAAAGAUCCGAGGUUCAAAGACGCCAUAAGUUUUAAAGAAGCCGUAGACAGAGGUAUAAUAGAUAAAACUACCGGAACUUACAAGGAUGUUCACGGAAAAUUAAUUCCGUUGCGAGAAACCGUUAAAACGGGUGUAAUAGUUUUGCUAGGUGCAACUGCUAUGAGUCCGACAAAAAUUAUAAAAUCAAUACGUGCCACAUUUAUUAGCGAACCGAAAACCGGAAAGGAUUCAUCGGUUGAAGAAGAAGAAGAAGAAGAGGAAACCUUGCGAAAGGAAUCGAUGAUAAGUCGCGAUGAGCCGAAGAGUUUAGAGGUUGAGGAAAAUAAACGUUUUGAAUCAAAGGAUCAAAAACCAGAUGAAAGAGUAAGAGACAAAACUGAAAUCAUUCCUUUGGAAAAAUCUACCGUAAAUAAACCCGAUGACGAUGUAAAAACUGAAGAAAAUGAUGACGACAUUGAAGAAUCACUUGGAAAGAAAACAAGGGAAAGAGUAACAACGGAACCCAAAUAUAGAGUUGCCAUUGGUCGCGCUCACUCUUUAUCACCGAGCCUGGAACAAAGAGCGAAACCCGUCGUGCUUCAAAAAAUGCGUAAAAAAAUUAUAAAACCAAAAGAAGGACUCGAACAUGGAAUCAUCGAUGAGAAAACGAUGAAAAUGUUUGAAAAUAAAGAUCCUCAUGACACAGUGCUUGAAGCAUUGAAAAAACAAAAACUCGACGGAGAUCGGGGAUCGAUACGGGAUCCUCAAAUCGGGGAUAUUAUAACGAUAAAAGAAGCAGUAGAGAGAAAUAUCAUCAAUCCUGAAGUGAAAGAAAUAGAAUUAUUGAUUCCCGUUGCCCGAAGUUUAAGUAUACCGGAAGUUUUAAAACAGGGUCUCAUAAACGAAGAGGGAACCAUCAUACAUCCGGAAACGGGUGACGAUCUCAGUUUGGGCGAAGCCAUAGUUUGCGAAAUCGUCAAUCCCUUAUGUAAUCUCUUGGACGAUACGGGGAAAAAAAUAACAUUAAAAGAUGCCAUAUCGAAAGGAAAAGUAGAUGAAAAUAAAUCCGUUCUUAAAACGAAAGACGGUGACAUGGAUUUGAUGACGGCGAGUAAAAAAAAUAUUUUCCUCAACGACGAAAGAGAAGAAAUAAUGGGAAUUCCAAAAAUCGGAAUGACGCUUCCCGUUCUCGUUCAAAGGGGAUUAAUUCAACCCGAUGGAUACAUUGUUCAUCCUGUGACGCAAGACAAAAUUUCCAUUAAAGACGCCAUAGAUAAAGAUUUUAUCAUGUCGUACAGUCCUCAUCCCGUCAUGCCCAAGAGCAUACCCCUGAUGGAUGCCCUGAAAGAAAAUCUCGUGAACACCGAGAAAAAAACAUUUUUGAACAAGGAAACCGGAAAGGAAAUUCCCAUCGAAGAUGCCAUCACAUCGGGAUUGUUGGUUGUCAAACCCGAACCCAGCGAAACGAUAGUCGAAGUAAUAAAAAGUUAUCAAACGAUUCGACGAAAAACUAUGGAAUUGAAACCUGGAUACAUUUUGAUAAAUCCAAACGAAAUCAAAAACGUGAAAACUGGAGAAAUCAUGAGCCUGAAAGAAGCUUCGAAAAAUGGGAUUGCGUACGAAAUUUCGGAAACGGAAGAAACGAUACAAAACUUAUCGGAUCCGAAAAAGGAAGAAGUCAAUAAAUCGAGUCCCGUUGAGGAAAACUUGAAUAAAGAAAAGGAUAAAUCUGGAAUCGUUCCCGAUGACGUUCGAGUUGACGAGACGAUCGAACCCGAAUCUCCAGUAAAAACAGUACAAAAGACACCCUUGAACUUGUUGGAAGCAUUAGAAUACAUAUACGAUGACAAAACGGGACGUUUUAAACAUCCUCAGAAAGAAGGAGAAACAAUCGAUUUGAAGGAAGCAAUAGCUUAUAAAAUAAUCGAUCCGACAGCUUUAAUAGUCAUCGACGGACAGGAAAUGCCAACGGAAACGGCCAUUAAAAAUAAUUUGAUAGAUUUAAAAUCGGGAACGAUUAAAAAUUCAUCAGGGAAAAAAAUAAACAUAAGGAAAGCUUGUAAAACGGGAUUGUUGGAUUCGGUUAAAACUCCGUCGGGUGUCAAACAGGAUAAAGGGAAAGAUUCAAAAGGUAAAAAUCAAAAAGAAAAAAGUCCCGAUUGGAAAAUUCCAUUGGAAAAAUCAAAGGAAAAUUUAAAUGGUAAAAAACCCGUUAAGGAUUCGAAAGAUUCAAAGGAAAUUUUACCGCGUAAAAUGGAUAUCAUCGAACCCGAUGUUAAAAAAACAAUAAAAGUCGUUUUGAGUUCCAAAUUGUCUCCCAAGGAUUUACACAAAAUGGGGAUUUACGAUCCGGAUAAAAACGAAUUUGUGGAUCCGGAAACUCGGGACCUCGUUCCCUUUAACAAAUGGGCUCACAGUUUUCUUAAUUUGAAUGACGUCACGGUUAAAAAUCCAUCAGAUUUAAAUAAGUGUGUAACUUUGAAGGAUGCUUUGAACCUCGGAUUCAUAGAUCCCGUUAAAGGAACUCUUAAAAAUCCCGAGAAUGAUGAAACGAUAUCUUUUUUCGAAGGAUUAAAAUUGGGAUUGAUAAUGGAAAAAUUGCCGACGGAAACAUUUUUAAAAUUCGGCGUUUUAGAUCCCGAAACUGGAAAAAUAAAAGAUUUACGAACGGGUAAAAUCAUAAACGUUUUCCUGGCCGUUAAAUCGGGUCUACUCGACGAGGAUAACGUGAAUAUUAUGAAUCCCGCUAAUCAAGAGAUAAUCCCUCUUUCGAAAGCUGUGAAAUUGGGAAUAGUCGAUUUAGAAAAGGAAUUCGUUAUUAAUUUGAAUACGAACGAAAGAAUCGAUUUAACGGAAGCUUUCAAAACUGGAUUAUUGAUUAUCGGUUAUAGGAAACCGAUUUCAUUGAAAGCCGUCAUAAUGAAAAAAUUAUACGAUGACGAAACGGGAAAAAUAAUUGAUGACAUCACUCGGAAAGAAUUUAAUUUGAGGGAAGCCGUUUCGCGGGGUUUGAUCGAUUCUUUCAUAUCCGAGUGUAAAAAUGAUGAAACCAACGAAUGGCUUACGUUGGAGGAAGCAAUGAAAGAAAAAUUAGUCGAUGGAAAAACUGGGAAAAUAAAAAUGUUUUCAGGAAAACCAAACGUCGGUUUAAGAGAAGCACUUGAAAAGAAUUUGAUACGUACUAAACCGUUGAAACUCUCACUCAUCGACGGGAUCCGAGAAAAUUAUUAUUCUCCGGAAAAUGGUACAUUUUUAUAUCCCGAUACGGGAACGGAAGUCACGUUAAAAAAAGCCAUCAUCGAUUUGAAAUUUAUCGAUGAUGGCGGCGUGGAAAUCAAGGACGUUGAUAAAAAUUCAGUCGUUAGCGUUAGGGAGGCUAUGGAAAGAGGAUUGUUGGAUGGAGAAAAAGGUAUUUUAACCUCUCCUCCGAUGAACCUGAAAGAGGCUUUGGAAAAAGGUUACUUGAUAACAAUGGAAAAACCCCUACCCCUUUCGGAAUUGUUGACUCGCGAAAAUUACGACUCGAAAACCGGGAAAUUUACGAUUGGUGGAAAUGUUGACGUACCUUUGGAAAAAGCAAUAGAAUUGGGAAAAGUCAACGUCGAUGAAGUCACGGUGGUGAAGGAUAGAAAUUCAGGGGAUUUUAUUACGCUUUCCGAAGCGAUAAAAACCGGGAUCGUAGAUACGAAAUCGGGAAUCGUUCAAGAUCCCGUCACACGUGAGAAAAUUCAUUUGUUGGACGCUCUUAAUGACGGUAUCAUAAUUCCAACGAAACCAAAAUAUUCCUUGUCGGAAAUUGUUUUCAAAGGGCUUUAUAAUCCUAAAACUGGAAAAUUUGUCGAUCCGGACACGAAAGAAGAAUUAUCGAUCGAUUCGGCCAUCGAGAAAGGCACGAUAGAUACCGUGAACACUUUGGUCAAAGAUACCGAUGGAAAUAUGAUUACUUUCGAGGAAGCCGUUAAAAAGGGCAUCGUCGAUGUGAAAAAAGGAAUAAUUUGCAAAUUGGGUUCGAAAAAUUUAGAAUUAGACUUUCAAGAAGCAUUCGAUCGAGGUCUGUUCGUGGAAAUCAGGCUGCCGAUGACCUUGACAGAAUCCAUCAUUAAAAACGUACUAAAUAAGGAAAGUGGGAAAUUUUUAAAUCCGAACACGGGUAAAAGCGUGAGUCUUAAAGAAGCCAUCGAUAUAAAUCUCAUCGAUCCUAAUUCGGUCGAAGUCAAAGACACAACUACGGGAGUCUGGAAAAAGAUGCCUUUGGUGGAAGCCAUCCGAAACGGUUUGGUGGAUGGAGAUUCCGCGACAGUCAAAGAUUUGACGAACAAAAAAAAUUAUUCGUUGAUCGAAGGUCUCGAAUUGGGGUUGUUGAUAGACAAUAAAGCAGCCGUUUCCGUUCAAAGGGCCAUUCAUCAGGGUUUGUACGAUGAAGAAACUGGAAAGUUUAGCGAUCCUAACACCGGAAGGAAAAUAACAUUGCACGAAGCGGUGAGACAGUUCAUAAUCAAUCCACUUUUGCCAUGUUAUUGGAAUGAAAAAACGGAAAGUCUUAUGCCUCUGUCUGAAACUUGUCGUGCGGGUAUAAUUGAUAGAAGAGCUGGAACAUUUAAAGAGCCGGACUCUGACUCCAGCGUACCUUUAUCAAAAGCUUUGGAACUGGGACUGAUGGUCGAUAUAGAAACUUGUAACUUUGAUUUAUACGAGGCCAUAAAAAUGGGCCUACAUGACGACGGUUCCACCUUGUUCGUGGUUCCAUCGACGGGCCGAAAGUUAAACUUAAAAGAUGCCAUCAAAGAAGAAUUGAUUAACCCCAAAGGGUCUUUCAUAAAAAACACAGCCGAUGGGGAGUAUGUGAAACUCGACGAAGCUAUCGAGCCUCUAAAAAUAAUUGAUGACGAAAAGUGUUUGUACAUUUCCGGCGAUGAUUGCAUGUCGCUGAAAGAAGCAACGAGGAAAAAUUUAAUAAUACCCUCUCACAGGCCCUAUGCCAUCGACGAAGCCAUUAAAUACGGUUUGUUUAAAUCGGAUGUCGGACGUUUUAUCGACCCGGAAACUGGUCGUGCUGUUGAUUUGGUUCAGGGAAUGGCUUGUAAUUUAUUAUCAUCGGAAUUCAUAUUCGUCAAAGAUCCGGUGACACAACAGGUGAAGAACAUAAACAAGGCCAUCGACGAUGGAAUCGUCGACGUCGAUAGGGGAUUAAUCGUUAAUCAUAAGACCAACGCCGUUUUCCCUCUGGAUAAAGCUUUAGCCGAUGGCAUUUUGUUAUCGGUUAAGCAUCCUUUGACCGGAAGUUCACCCGCUUCAUUUUCGAAAACAUCAAAAGAAAUGAUUCCCGGGGAGAAAUACACUCUCGAAGAAUUUAUCGAAAGUGAAAUAAUCAAUCCGGAUGAGGCGGUUGUUAAAGAUUUCAAAACCAAUCAAUACAAAUCUCUCAAGCAAGCCAUCAUUGACGAAGACGUAGAUUUAAGUGAAAAAGGAAUUUACGAAAAAACAACGGUCGAAAAUCAAAAUAUGCCGAUCGUUUUGAAAUCGGGAAUAAAGGUUUUCCUUAAGGAACCUCUCACGUUUGAUGAAGCUCUGGAUUCGAAACAUUUGAGCGUCGUCACCGGUAAAUUUACAAAACCCAAAACGUCGCAACAAAUGAGUUUAAAAGAUGCCGUGCAAAGUGGGAUCGUGGAUUCGGAUUCGGCCGUCGUCAAAGACGUUGCAAAAUGUAAAUUAUUAAACCUUUCGGAAGCCUUCGAAAAAGGUUUGAUAGAUUCCGAUAAGGCAAACGUCGUGGAUAGCGAAACGUCAAAACUUUACACCCUCGCGAAAGCGAUAAAUUCGGGACUCGUUUUGACUCCUCGCGUGGGUCUACCCCUAAUCGAAAGUCUCAAAUACGGUUUGUACGAUUCGAACACGGGUACAUUCGUCGAUCCCUUUUCAACCGGAAAUGCAAUGAACGAAAAAAAACGUUUGACUCUUAACGAAGCCAUAACAUCCGGUUUGAUCGAUCCGUCGUCGACUAUGAUCAAAGAUUCAUCCGAUGGAAACGUCGUUCCUUUAUCGACCGCGAUCGUCAAUAAACUCGUAGACGGGGAUUCGGGUCAAGUAAAAGACGUUUCGAAUGACGAAUAUUUGGAUUUUCUAAUCGCUCAACAAAAGGGAUUCGUACUCGCAGCAAAAGCGAGGCAAGCCAUGGAGGAAAAAUACAAAAUAUGCGACGAUGCUCUGCAGAAAUUAUUGAACUGGUUGGGUGACGUUGAGACAACCGUGUCGCAACAGGAUGUCGUCAAAGAGGAUUCCGAACAAUUAAGAAAUCAAAUCAAUACCAUAAAGGCGAUAAAAGAUGAUAUUCACGGUCAUAAUCGUCCCGUCACGACCGUCUUGGAUCAAAUCCGUCAAAUCGUCGCAACCGGCGGUGAAGUUUUAUCAGCAGAAGAAAUUUCAAAUCUGGAAAAGAACGGACAAAAUUUGAAAAAACGUUUCGAUAAAGUACAAGAUCGAACGGAUAAAUUAUUGAAAAAAUUAAUAUUUGCCCGAGACGAAUUGAGUAAAUUCAAAACGGAAUUAUCAGUCUUCUGCACUUGGAUGGACAAAGCAAGGAAAACUCUCGAAGAUAAGGAAAAAAUAUUAUCGGAUCUUAAUAAGUUACCAUCGAGUAUCGAACCCAUUCGAGAUUUCGUAAGCGAUGUUAUCGUACAUCAAGCCGAUCUUCGAUUUAUCACGAUGAGCGCUCAAAAAUUCGUCGACGAAUCCAAGGAAUAUUUGAGUUGCCUUAACGAAUUUCGAACGAGUUUGCCACAACGUCUUCCACACAUCGAACCCGUGUCUAGUCAAGAUUCAAUGGUUCGCAACGAAGUCUCCGCAGCGACGACUCACUACAGAGAACUUUUGUCGCGUUCAAACACGCUUUCGGAUAGGUUGUCCGGUUUGGGAGGAAGACAGAGAGAAUAUCGGGAUGCUUUGGACAAAGCGAAAGCAUGGAUGAGAGAAGUCGAACCUAAAACGACUAAAUUGGUUUCGGAACCAUUGGGAGCCGAACCCAAAGCCGUCGAAGAACAGUUGAGCCGUGCCAAGUCGCUGAACGCCGAAUUCAUGUCGAACGGACGACUCAUUGAUUCUGUUAAACAAGCCGUUACCAUUUUGUUAAGAUCACUGGAAGGUCAACAAACUCCAUCGGAUAUGGAAGCCUUAGAAGUUCCAGUAAAAGAAUUGGAAAAUAAAUACGUUCAAUUAUCCGAAGCACUCAGUGAAAAACUUCAAGCGUUGGAUGCUGCUCUCGUUCAAAGUCAGGGACUUCAAGAUGCUCUCGACUCUCUUUUACAAUGGUUGAACACAAUCGAAAGUCAACUCAAAGCUCACAUGAAACCAGCCAGCCUUAAUAAAGACAGAUUGGAAGAUCAAAUUCGAGAACAACGUCUCAUUCAUGCGGAAAUUGAAAAUCAUCGGGGAAGUUUAGAAUCCGUCGCUUAUUCCGCACAGGAUUUGAUUAACACGAGUUCUAAUCCGAGAUUAGCAUCGAAAAUACAAUCGAAAUUAUCCGACAUGUUAACGAGAUACGAAAAAAUACAAUUGAAAACUUUGCAAAGGGGAGAUUUCUUGGAUGAAAUAUUCCAAUGUUUGAGUAAUUUCAACGUUCAAGUUGAACACUUCGAACAAUGGUUUACGGAUUUGAUUGAACAAUUGGAAUCUCGUGAAUUGAAUAAAUUGACACACGAUGAAUUCGUUACGAAAAUCGAACAAUUGAGCGACAAGAGAGAUCAGCAAAAGAACAAAUACGAAGACAUGAUCGGUAACGGAAAGAAUUUAAUAUCUAAAAAAGAUGUCAGUGACGUGGGAAUAGUCAGGGAAAAAGUUAAGACAUUGGAGAGCAUGUGGAAAGAUUUAAAUUCUGGUUUAGAAGAUAAGCAAAAAUCAUCUCGAGCUAGAGCCGAACAGCUCAGCGCAUACGAAAACCUUCGGGAAACCGUUUUGGAUUGGUUGAGUAACAUGGAAUCGAAAAUUAGCAGGUUGGAAACGGUCGCAUUGGAUUUGACCAUUUUAAAAAGGCAAGCGGAUGAAUUGAAACCCAUGAUUAAAGAAUAUAAAGAUUAUGCUACGACUCUUGAGAAAUUGAACGAUUUGGGUUCGGCUUACGAUUCUCUCAUGAGAUACGAUUCUCCAACGAAACGUCGUAGCUCCGCUUAUAAUUCUUUGAAAAAAUCUUCUCUCUCUCAAAGACCGAGCGUCGUCGAUGGACGAUCUUCGUCACCUAAUAAAAAUUACAUGAAUUCAAUUCCAUUGUCUAGCCCUCUCGGAUUCGGUAGCAGAAGAUUAUCAACGGAAAGUUUCCAUCUGGAAGAUUCGUCUCCCGUUCAAAGUCAAAUUAGCGAAAUAAACAAUCGUUACAGUUUGCUUGGAAUUAAAUUGAACGAUCGUCAAACGGAAGUCGACACAGUGAGAGAAGAAGUUAAAAAAUAUUUGGAAAAUCUCAAAGCUUUGGCUCAGUUUUUGGACAAAGUUCAAAGGCAAUUGCCGAAAGAAUUUGUACCAAUGACGAGAGACGAAUCCGACAAAACUGCAAAAGCUAUCAAGGUCGUGUUGGAGGAAAUGUACGAGAAACAAUCGUUGUUGGAUAACACGAGAACUCAAGUUAAAGAUUUGCUUAAAAGAAAGGGUAACGCUCCAGGAGCCGACAGAUUGUUCGACGAAUUGGAGGAUGUUACGUCGAGAUGGAAGAUAUUGAACGAUCGUUGCAAAUCGAGAAUAAAAUUAAUGGAAGACAUAAAAGAAUUUCACGACACUCACGAUGGUUUGCACAAUUGGUUGGGAGCAAAGGACAAGAUGAUGUCUGUUCUCGGACCUAUUUCCUCAGAUCCGAGAAUGGUUCAAAGUCAAGUUCAGCAAGUUCAAGUGCUCAGAGAAGAAUUUAAAUCUCAGCAACCUCAGUUGGUUCAUCUUAACGAAGUCGGAGAUUCAGUUUUUUCGCAAAUCGAUGAAACUUCCACCGAUGGACAAAGGCUUUCGACCAAACUUAAAUCUAUCAAGGAACGUUGGGCCGAUUUGUUGGCAAAACUCGAAGAAAGAGCUUCGAGUCUCGGUGCCGCAGCUGACACGAGUAGAGAAUUCGAUGCCGGCGUCACCAGACUGAAAGAUGCUUUGCAAGCUAUUAGUGACCAACUUGACGAGUUGCCUCUUGACAAAGACCCAGAAGAGCAACUUCGAAAAAUACAAAACUUGGAACGUCAAAUGGAAGGUCAAAGGCCUUUGCUAGCCGACAUCGAAGCUGCCGGUGUUCAGUUAAGCGAAGUUUUAACCGAUCCAGCAUCAAGAUCGGAAAUCCAAACGAAAUUGGCAGCUUUGGCCAGACAAUACAAUACCAUACAAAAGAAACUCGACCAUAGAAAAGCUGAAAUCGAAGGUUCGUUGAGAGAUGGACGACAACUCGAACAAUCUUGUGCGCGAACCGUCGGAUGGCUAAGUGACGAACUUGGUUCUCUUUCCGAAAAACUUUUAAUAUCUGCCGAUAAGCACAUCCUUCAACAGCAACUUGAUCAAUACGAACCUAUUUACAAAGAUGUCGUUAACAAAGAACACGAAGUAAUUAUGCUUUUGAACAAAGCAAGAGACAACUUAUCCAGAAGCGGUCAAAGGCCGGAUAGCAGAAACUUGCAAAGGGAUAUUGACAAAAUACAACAAUUGUGGGAUAAACUCAAAAAAGACACCGUCGAAAGGCAUACAAGACUUCAAACUUGCAUGGAGCAUUGCAAGAAAUAUUACAGAGUUUUGGACACGUUCGUGCCGUGGCUCAGAACUGCCGAAGAUCGUUUGGACACACUCAAACCCAAUACUUUUAAGAGAAAAGACAUUGAAAAACAAUUAAAAGAAUUGUCAACGUUCCGAAAUGACAUUUGGAAACAUUCUGGAGAAUACGAAAAUACCAGAAUGUUGGGCGAAACUUUCCACGGUGCUUGCGACGUAGAUAAGGAAGUUGUCAAAAGUGAAUUGUCCAAUCUCAAGCAAAGAUGGGACAAACUCAACAAUGAUUUGCUCGAAAGAACUCAGGUCCUCGAAGACACGGCCCGAUCUCUCACCGACUUUAACGAAAACCUGAGAGAACUCGAACAUUCCAUUCAAAGAUGCGAAGAUAAAUUAUCCAAUCAUGACGUCGGGGAUCCCAAAUUACUCGAUAAAAUAAGAAUAUUGAAAGAAGAAUCAAGCGGUUUGCAUAAACCCAUGCAAAACGUUAGACAGCAAGUUAUUGAUUUGGUUGGAUCCGCUCGAGUCGUCGGUGGCGAUGCUGGUCAUCUCCAAGACGACGUCGAUGUUUUAGGCGAAAGAUUGGAUCACUUGAACGCCAUUUUGGAUGAUCGUUGUUCCGAACUUCAAAGUGCCGCAACUGCCGUCCAACAAUUCAAUGAAAAAGUUAAAAAUCUCUUUAUCGAUUUGAAUAAUUUGGAACAAGAGUUGGAUAUGAUGAAACCGGCCGGAAGAGACAUUAAAACUGUUCGUCAGCAAUUAGAAGAAGUUGCCUUGUUUAUCAAGAAACUCGGAAAAGCAUCGGAUGACAUAAAUGACAUAGUUACCGCCGGAGAUAAUUUAGUCGAUUCCGGUUUUACUCCCGACAAUCUUCAAACUCGAGAACAAGCUGAUUCGUUACAGCGGUCUUUGGCUAGGUUAGACGACAGAGCGAGAACCAGAGAAGAAGAUUUAAUUAGCGUGCUCAAAAAAUUGGAACAGUUUUACGAAUUAUACACCGUCGUAACGGAUGAGAUUAAUGAAGUCAUAGAAGAAGUGAGACGAUUGAAACCCGUCGGCUCAGAGGUCGAGGGAAUAAAAGCCCAACAAGAAGAAUCGAGAGCAUUGAGAAGAAACGUUUUCGAGCCUUUAGGUCACCAAGUAACGGAUUGUAAUAAGAAAGGACAAACUUUGAUUCAAUCCGCUGCCGGAGGUGUGAACACCACGGUCAUAGAAAAGGACUUGGAAAAAAUGAAUGAUAAAUUCAAUAAUUUGAAAGACAAAAUGAACGAAAGAGAUAGAAAGUUGGACGUUGGACUUUUACAGUCUGGCAAAUUCCAGGAAGCUUUGGAUGGACUCGAUAAAUGGCUCUCGGACACAGAAGAAAUGGUUGCUAAUCAAAAGCCUCCUUCGGCUGAUUACAAAGUUGUCAAGGCGCAACUUCAAGAACAAAAAUUUUUGAAAAAGAUGCUUUUAGAUCGGCAAAACUCCAUGUCGUCUCUCUUCACUAUGGGUCAAGAAGUUGCUUCCGGAGCUGAUCCAUCCGAGAAAAAAGGAAUUGAACGUCAAUUGAAGGAAUUGAUGGUCAGAUUUGAUAAACUCACAGACGGAGCACAAAGACGAAUGUUGGAUUUGGAACAAGCCAUGCACGUUGCUAAAGACUUCCAAGAUAAAUUGGUGCCCAUCGUCGAGUGGCUUGAUAAAGCCGAGAAAAGAAUUAAAGAAAUGGAAUUGGUGCCGACCGACGAAGAGAAAAUACAAGAUAGAAUUAAAGAACACGAAGAUUUGCACAGCGAAAUCCUUCGCAAGAAACCCACUCUCAUGGAAUUGACGGAAGUUGCAGAUACUCUCAUGUCGUUGGUUGGUGAAGACGAGGCAGCUACCGUGGCCGAUAAGUUAAGUGAAACUGCCGAUCGUUAUUCCGUCCUUUGUGACAAUAGCGAUGCCGUCGGACAAUUGUUGGAAGCCUCUCGCGCCGGAUUGCGACAUCUUGUUCUCACUUAUCAAGAAUUGCAAGCCUGGAUGGAAACGAUGGAAAAACGUCUCAACACUCAUCGCGCUCUCGGAGUUCACACCGAAAAACUCCUUCAACAAAUGGAUGACCUUGCUAAUUUGACUGAAGAAAUAUCAGAUAGACACACUCAAGUCGAUUCAACCGUUGAUGCCGGAUUGGAAUUAAUGAAACACAUUUCCAACGACGAAGCCAUUCAAUUGAAAGAUAAAUUGGAUUCCCUUCAAAGACGAUACAACGACUUGACAUCUCGCGGCUCUGAACUCUUGAAAAAUGCCCAGGAAGCUUUACCCUUGGUUCAACAAUUUCACAACAGCCAUCACCGUUUGGUCGAUUGGAUGAUGGGAGCCGAAAGCCAGUUACAACGCGAACCUCGUCAAGAGGACAUCGAAAGAUUGGAAGGAGAUAUCCAAGAAUUCCGUCCGGUUCUUGAAAGCAUUAACCUCGUCGGCCCGCAAUUGUGUCAACUAUCGCCCGGAGAAGGUGCAGCGACCAUAGAAGGCCUCGUUACAAGAGACAACAGAAGAUUCGACGCCAUUGUCGAACAAAUUCAAAGGAAAGCCGAAAGAUUCAACUUGUCGAAACAAAGGUCUCUUGAAGUGACUGCAGACAUGGAUGAAUUACUCGACUGGUUUAGGGAAGUUGAAAACACUCUUAGGGAAGUUGAACCUCCCUCAAGUGAUCCCGAUGCCAUUCGCGCACAAUUAAAAGAACACCGUACUUUGCAAGAUGACAUCACGAGUCAAAAAUCAAGAGGGCGUGACGUAUUGUCUACGGCAAAGAAAGUUCUCCGCGAGGCUUCCCAACACGAUGAUACGAUUACCAUUCGCGAGAAGCUUGAAGAUCUCAGAGAAGUUAUGGAUAUCGUGUCCAGCCUUUCUUCCGACAGACUUGGAAUUUUAGAACAAGCAUUGCCGUUGGCCGAACACUUUUUAGAAACGCACACCGGAUUGACGUCUUGGUUGGACGACAUCGAGACUCAAGUAAAUGCCCUCGCUUUGCCCGCUCUUCGACCGGAUCAUAUCGCGCAACAGCAGGAUAAAAACGAAUUGUUCAGUCAAUGGAUAUCCGAUCAAAAGCCUUUGGUCGAUAAAUUAAAUAAAACGGGAGAAGCUCUCAUACGAUUGGUAAACGACGACGACGGAGCAAAAGUUCAAGAUAUUAUAGAUGCGCAUAAUUCUCGGUAUUCGGCACUAAGAGCUCACCUAAGACAACGACAACAAGCUUUGGAACAGGCACUUCAAGAAUCGAGUCGGUUUUCUGACAAACUUGAAGGAAUGCUUAGAGCUUUGCAAAACACAGCCGAACAAGUCAAAGUUUCCGAACCGGUUUCGGCGCAUCCGCCCAAGAUAAGAGACCAAUUGGAAGAAAACAAUGCAUUGGUGGAAGAUUUAGACAGCAGAGAAGAAGCUUUCGAAGCCGUUAAGAGAGCUGCAGAUGACGUCAUUAGCAAGGCCGGCAACCGCUCGGAUCCGGCUGUGAAAGACAUUAAACGAAAAUUGGACAAAUUGAAUUCCCUAUGGGGAGACGUUCAAAAAGCAACAGCGGAUCGUAGCAGAACUCUCGAUGAAACAUUAAUCAUUGCCGAAAGGUUUUGGUCCGAACUUCAAACGGUCAUGGCAUCGCUUCGUGAUCUUAGCAACAGCUUGAACAAUCAAGAACCGCCGGCAGCUCAAAAAGAAGCCAUCAAAGUUCAACAGGAAAUCUUGCAAGAGAUUAAACACGAAAUAGAUCAAACGAAACCGGAAGUUGAUCAAGUCAGACAAACGGGACAAACUUUGAUGAAAAUCUGCGGCGAACCAGAUAAACCCGAAGUUAAAAAACACAUUGAAGAUUUGGAUAAUGCUUGGGAUAAUAUAACCGCUCUGUAUGCCAAACGUGAAGAAAAUUUGAUUGACGCAAUGGAAAAAGCAAUGGAAUUCCACUACACCCUACAGAAUUUGUUAGAGUUUUUAGAAAAAGCCGAAGACAAAUUUGCCGGAAUGGGCCCUCUCGGAUCGGACAUUGAAAUCGUUAAAAAACAAAUAUAUCAACUGAAAGAUUUCAAAGAGGAAGUUGAUCCGCAAAUGGUCAAAGUUGAAGCUCUUAACAGGCAAGCACACGAGCUCACGGAGAGAACAUCAGCUGAUCAGGCUCUGGCCAUAAAAGAACCUUUGAAUCAGGUGAACAAAAGAUGGGAUGAUUUGUUGAGAGGAAUGGUCGAACGUCAAAGACAUUUAGAGCAAGCAUUACUCAGAUUGGGACAAUUCCAACAUGCUCUAAGUGAAUUGAUUAAGUGGAUCAUAGGAACUAAUAACACAUUGGAUACGGAUCUUAAACCCGUACCUGGUGAUCCGCAAGUUUUGGAAGUUGAAUUGGCCAAAUUGAAGGUUUUGGUUAACGACAUACAAGCUCAUCAAAGUAGUGUCGACGCUUUGAACGAUGCCGGUCGUCAAUUGAUCGAAUCGAGUCGAGGAAGUCAAGAAGCGUCGAGCACACAAGAACAAUUGAAAACUUUAAAUCGUCAAUGGAAAGAUUUAUUGGAAAAAGCAUCCGACAGACAAAGAGAAUUGGAAGAUUCGCUUAAAGACGCUCAACGGUUCAAUGCCGAAAUACAAGAUCUUUUGUCUUGGUUGAGCGACGUUGACGGCGUGAUUGCCGCAUCCAAACCCGUCGGUGGAUUACCCGAAACGGCUUCGGAACAAUUGCAACGUUUCAUGGAAAUUUUCGACGAACUCGAAACGAACCGUCCCAACGUCGAAUCCGUUCUUCAACAAGGAAACGAAUACCUUAAACGUUCAUCCACGGCCACAAACCUUCAACACAAUUUGAAAACUCUUAAACAAAGAUGGGAUAGCGUGACGGCAAGAGCGAACGACAAAAAGAUCAAAUUGGAAAUUGCUCUUAAAGAAGCGACCGAAUUCCACGAUGCUCUUCAAGCUUUUGUCGACUGGUUGACAAACGCGGAAAAAACAUUGGUCAACAUGAAACCCGUAUCGAGAGUUAUGGAAACGAUAUUGAGUCAAAUAGAAGAACACAAAGCUUUCCAAAAGGAAGUUUCCGCGCACAGGGAAACCAUGUUGAAUCUCGAUAAAAAGGGAACACAUUUGAAAUAUUUCAGUCAAAAACAAGACGUCAUAUUAAUUAAAAAUUUAUUGAUAAGCGUUCAACACCGUUGGGAGAGAGUCGUUAGUAAAAGCGCCGAAAGAACUAGAUCGUUGGAUCACGAUGAAUUGGCGAGAGAAACCGGAAACGAUCCAGAAAGAAUCAAACAAAGAUUAGCCAAACAUAGAGAAUUUCAACGAGCGCUCAGCGGCAAACAGUCUUCUUACGAUAACACGAUGAAAGCCGGAAAAACACUCAAAGACAAAGCACCUAAAAGUGACGAAGCACCUCUUAGAGACAUGAUGAACGAUCUUAAAAACAAAUGGACGGCCGUUUGUGCCAAAAGCGUCGACAGACAGAGAAAACUCGAAGAAGCACUUCUUUUCUCUGGACAGUUUAAAGAUGCCGUGCACGCUCUCAUGGAAUGGUUACAAAAAGCGGAUAAGAUUUUAUCAGAAGACGAACCCGUACACGGAGAUUUGGAUACCGUAAACGGUUUGAUCGAUCAACAUCGUCAAUUCGAAGAAGAUCUUCAGUUAAAGACUAAUAUCGAUGUCGUUUUUUUUCAGGGACGAUCCGUUCAAUUCGAACAAGUUAAAAGAACGGGAAGAGAUUUACAGGAAAAAGCUUCGCAUGCGGAUGCUCAAACCAUUCGUACACAACUUCAAGAAUUGACGACGCUGUGGGAACGCGUGAUUAGAUUGAAAGAACGACAGCUCAAACGUUUGGAAGAAGCACUCAGAGAAGCUCAACAACUUCACAAAUCCGUCGACAUGCUUUUGGAAUGGCUGAGCGAUGCCGAAAUGAAAUUAAGAUUUGCCGGAAUACUACCCGAUGGUGAAUUGGAAACGAAAACUCAAAUAGCUGAACACGAGAAAUUUUUGAGAGAACUUUCGGAAAAAGAACACGACAAAGAUGCCACGUUGAAUUUGGCGGAAAAAGUUUUAGCCAAAGCUCAUCCCGAUGGUGCUUCAAUAAUAAAACAUUGGAUAACGAUUAUAAUAAGCAGAUGGGAAGAAGUUUAUUCAUGGGCUCAUCAGAGACGAGCACGUUUGGAAGAACACAUAAGGAGUUUAAGAAAUGCCGACGAACUUCUAGAAGAACUUUUAGCUUGGUUGGCAAAAUUGGAAAAAACUCUUGUCGCGCUCGAAUCCGAACCCUUACCAGACGACAUUCCAACCAUAAGACAACUCAUCGAAGAACACAAGGAUUUUAUGGAAAAUACACAAGUGAGACAAGGAGAAGUUGAUAGCGUGUGUAAGAGUAGACAAGUUCAAGCGGCGACAAAAGAUAAAAAGACGUCGAGACCGAAAACUCCUUCUAAAGAGUAUGAUAGAGAAGGUUCACCAGAUUUGGAUCGUAAAUCGAGCUUGGCGAAAUCUCGGGAAAGCUUGUUGGGAAAAGACCCAUCGCGACGUGGAAGGCUCAGUCCGGUGAGGGAUGGUAAAUUGGAUUUGCCACAUUACGGACCCAGAUUUCCGCCUAAAGGAGCGAAAGGAACCGAACCGACAUUCCGUUCACCAAGAGUUAAAUUACUUUGGGACAGAUGGAGAAACGUUUGGGUUUUAUCUUGGGAAAGACAGAGGAGACUCCAGGAAAAACUCGUUUACCUGUUGGAAAUUGAGAAGAUGAAAAAUUUCAGUUGGGACGAUUGGAGAAAACGAUUCUUGAAAUUUAUGAACCACAAGAAAUCAAGACUGACGGAUUUGUUUAGAAAAAUGGAUAAAAAUAACGACGGACUCAUUCCGAGAGAUGAUUUCAUUGAUGGAAUCAUGAAAACUAAAUUCGACACUUCGAAACUCGAAAUGGAUAAAGUUGCCAAUCUCUUCGAUCAUCAUAACGGAUUUAUCGAUUGGAAAGAAUUUAUAGCCGCUUUAAGGCCGGAUUGGGAAGAAAAGAAACCGGAAACGGAAGCGGAAAAAAUUCACGACGAAGUCAAGAGAUUGGUCAUGUUGUGUACUUGCCGACAAAAAUUCCGAGUUUUCCAAGUCGGAGAAGGAAAAUACCGAGUGAGUCCCGAAAUUUUCAUUUAUUUAUUUAUUCCUGUCGUCUUUGGAGACAGUCAAAAAUUAAGACUCGUUAGAAUUCUUCGAUCGACCGUCAUGGUUCGUGUCGGAGGAGGUUGGGUCGCUUUGGAAGAAUUCUUGCAGAAGAACGAUCCUUGUCGAGUUGAACUCAUGCCCAUACCCGAUCCGAACAAACCAGAGGAACAUGAUCCUUGGUGUAUCUACGGAGUCAUUGAAACAGGCAAGAAUGGACGAACCAAUAUCGAACUUCGCGAGCAAUUCAUCUUGGCCGAUGGUGUAAGUCAGAGCAUGUCAGCAUUCAAACCCAAGACUUCGGCUAGCUCGCGAUCCACGAGCGUCACGUCUAGCUCUGCUGGACCCAUCACAAAGAGAGAGACCGUAUCUGACUGUGUGUUGUCUUUAGCUGAAGAAUUUAUGAGUCAUCUUAUGCCGAUCAUUGAGAGUGUUAGGGCGCAACAAACGGUUCCUGUUGCUUACCCUCUCAAAAUACGAGAAAAGAGUUUGAAAAGCGUGCCCAUGGGUAGCACGAGAGGAACGAGAUCAUCCAUAUCUCAAGGAACUCCCGAUUCGUUGAGCGACAACGAAGGAGGAGUAGGAGGAGGAAGUGGAGGAUAUUCGGGAAGGCCCACGCCGAGAAGGUCGACAUCUUCGUAUAGAUCGAGCGUGACGCCAAGUGGUAGCUUACCUGGUUCGAGAAACAGCAGUAGACCCGCUAGCAGAACGGGUAGCAAACCUCCGUCCAGACACGGAUCGAAUCUUUCCUUAGAUUCUGCCGAUGAUUCAACACCUGGAAGAUAUUCGAAAACAUCCAUGGGUUCCAGGACUUCAAGUGCUAGAAGUCGGUUAUUAGUCCCCAAUGGAAGUUCUUACGGAAGACCUAAAACACCGACGAGCGGAUCUUCUUCGACCAUGGGUUCGAGCUCUCGAUCUCGGAUCCCCAUAUUUACUGGUUUCACACCUGAACAUCCUCAGUCUUCGUCCGGGCAGCAGCCGAUGAGGAAAUUGAUGACAUUUAACACGACCAAAGGACUCUGCAGCUUAUCCGUUAAUCUCAACGAUUUGAAAAAAUCAUCGUCGGAUUUAACUCCCGUUAAGAAAACGUCAUCGGCCAUGCCGGGAGUGACGCAUUACGAAGCCGAACCGAAAAAAACCGUUAAAACGAAUACUACGGGUAACAACGAUCAAGAAAUCGGUGAUCGGUCGUCGUCGUCGUCGUCAUCAUCGAAAAAUUUAAGAAUAAGAAAAACGAUCGGAAGCGGAAGCGGUGCCAGUAAAAUCCCGAUGCCGAACGAAAUGGCGAAAAAAUCGCGAAUCCGUUCGCCUGGAACAAUAAUGAUGAAAGAAACGAAGAAAUCAUCGGAAGAUCGGACAUUGUCGAAUCCUUCCCUAUCCGAAUCCUCGUCGUCGUUUAAAGGUGAUGAUGACGUCAACGAUGACGUCAAUGCCGGAACCGUGACGACGGAAGGGGACGAAAAAAUCCGACGAACCCAAUCAACGGAUUCAAUUCAAAAGUGA